CUCCCCCAAGUCUCCCCCUUCCCAAAUGAAAUGCACAGUUCAGCCAGCUUCUUAACUACACUACACUCCUGCUACUGGCUGCCAAGAGGCUCAAAAAAUCCACCUUCACUUUUCAGUCAGAAGAGGCAGAAGUGGAUGUGAGAGAAAGAGAGACACAGAGAGACAGAGAGCCAAAGAGGGCAAGAGACUUGACUUUAAGAGACUCCUGUACUGACAACUCCAUGCAGUUCGGAACCAGAACGACUGCGGCUGAACCAGGGUUCAUGGGGACAUGGCAAAACGCUGAUACUAACCUUUUAUUCAGAAUGUCCCAACAGGUUCCAGUGGCAUGUGCUGGCAGAGUGCUGGGUGCAGACUUCUGCCCAAACCUGGAGGAGCCAGACCAGAGGCUGGAAGUCCAGGCCAUCCGUUGCACACUGGUAAACUGCACGUGCGAAUGUUUCCAGCCGGGGAAGAUUAACCUGCGGACUUGUGACCAGUGCAAACAUGGCUGGGUGGCACAUGCCUUGGAUAAGCUCAGCACCCAGCACCUGUACCACCCCACGCAAGUGGAGAUUGUGCAGUCCAACGUGGUGUUCGACAUCAGCAGCCUGAUGCUCUACGGGACACAAGCGGUGCCCGUGCGGCUAAAGAUCCUGCUGGACCGGCUCUUCAGUGUCCUGAAGCAGGAGGAGGUGCUACACAUCCUGCACGGCCUGGGCUGGACGCUACGGGACUACGUUCGGGGGUACAUCCUUCAGGAUGCUGCCGGCAAGGUGCUGGACCGCUGGGCCAUCAUGUCUCGAGAAGAGGAAAUCAUCACCCUUCAGCAGUUUCUGCGGUUUGGAGAAACCAAAUCCAUUGUAGAGCUGAUGGCAAUUCAGGAGAAAGAAGGGCAGGCUGUGGCCGUUCCGUCUUCAAAGACAGACUCAGACAUUAGGACUUUCAUUGAGAGCAAUAAUCGCACCAGGAGUCCCAGCCUCCUUGCUCACCUAGAGAACAGCAACCCUUCCAGCAUUCAUCACUUCGAAAACAUCCCCAACAGCCUUGCAUUUCUGCUUCCAUUCCAGUACAUAAACCCAGUCUCGGCCCCACUGCUAGGAUUGCCUCCAAACGGGCUCCUGUUAGAGCAACCAGGACUGAGGCUGCGGGAACCCAGCCUUUCAACUCAGAAUGAGUAUAAUGAGAGCAGCGAGUCUGAAGUAUCUCCCACACCUUAUAAGAACGAUCAGACUCCCAAUAGAAACGCCCUGACCAGCAUUACUAACGUGGAGCCCAAAACCGAGCCAACCUGCGUGUCCCCCAUUCAGAAUUCUGCCCCGGUCAGUGACCUGACCAAAACGGAACACCCAAAAAGCUCAUUCCGGAUCCACCGGAUGAGAAGGAUGGGGUCAGCCUCUAGGAAAGGAAGGGUGUUCUGUAACGCAUGUGGGAAGACAUUCUAUGAUAAAGGUACUCUCAAAAUUCAUUAUAAUGCUGUUCACCUGAAGAUCAAACAUCGAUGCACCAUUGAAGGUUGCAACAUGGUCUUUAGCUCCCUCCGAAGCCGCAAUCGUCACAGUGCAAACCCUAACCCUCGCCUCCACAUGCCUAUGCUAAGGAAUAACCGAGACAAAGAUUUAAUCCGGGCCACAUCAGGAGCUGCCACCCCCGUCAUAGCAAGUACAAAAUCAAAUCUCACACUCACCAGCCCCGGCCGGCCCCCGAUGGGUUUUACCACUCCCCCACUCGACCCCGUCUUACAGAACCCUCUCCCCAGCCAGCUGGUGUUUUCCGGGCUAAAGACUGUCCAACCAGUUCCUCCAUUUUAUAGAAGUUUACUCACUCCGGGAGAAAUGGUGAGCCCUCCCACGUCCCUCCCGACCAGUCCCCUCAUUCCAACCAGUGGUACCAUAGAGCAGCACCCCGUGCCACCCUCUGAGCCAGCAGCGCCAGUAGUGAUGAUGGCCACUCAUGAGCCCAGUGCCGACCUGGCCCCCAAGAAGAAGCCCAGGAAGUCCAGCAUGCCUGUGAAGAUCGAGAAGGAAAUCAUCGAUACCGCCGAUGAGUUUGACGAUGAAGACGAUGACCCCAAUGAUCCCGGAGCUGUGGUCAAUGACGUGAGCCAUGACAAUCAUUGCCACUCCCAAGAGGAGAUGAGUCCAGGCAUGUCUGUGCAGGACUUUUCUAAGCACAGCAGGUCCCGGUGCAUUUCAAGGACUGAAAUAAGAAGGGCUGACAGCAUGACUUCUGAGGACCAAGAACCUGAGCGGGACUAUGAGAACGAGUCCGAGUCUUCAGAGCCCAAACUAGGUGAGGAAUCCAUGGAAGGGGAUGAGCACAUGCACAGCGAAGUGAGCGAAAAGGUCCUGAUGAGCAGUGAGAGGCCCGACGAGAACCACAGUGAGCCCUCUCACCAGGACAUCAUCAAGGUGAAGGAAGAAUUUGCAGAUCCCACUUAUGACAUGUUUUACAUGAGCCAGUACGGACUAUACAAUGGUGGGGGAGCCAGCAUGGCGGCCCUGCACGAAAGUUUUGCCUCCUCUCUGAAUUACGGCAGCCCUCAGAAGUUCUCCCCAGAAGGCGACCUGUGUUCCAGCCCAGACCCCAAAAUCUGUUACGUGUGCAAGAAGAGUUUCAAAAGCUCCUACAGCGUGAAGCUCCACUACAGGAACGUUCACUUAAAAGAGAUGCAUGUCUGCACGGUGGCUGGCUGCAACGCUGCCUUCCCCUCUCGCCGGAGCAGAGACAGACACAGUGCCAACAUAAAUCUGCAUCGGAAACUGUUGACCAAAGAACUCGAUGACAUGGGCCUGGACUCCUCGCAGCCCUCCCUUAGCAAGGACCUCCGGGAUGAGUUUUUGAUGAAGAUCUAUGGAGCCCAGCACCCCCUGGGCCUGGACGUCAGGGAAGAGGCCUCCUCCCGCGGCACCGAAGACUCGCACCUGAACGGGUACGGGCGCGGCAUGGCGGAGGACUACAUGGUCCUGGACCUGAGCACCACCUCCAGCCUGCAGUCCAGCAGCAGCAUCCACUCCUCCCGAGAGUCCGACGCGGGCAGCGACGAGGGCAUCCUUCUCGACGACAUCGACGGGGCGAGUGACAGUGGGGAGUCCGCUCACAAGGCCGAGGCCCCCGCCCUCCCCGGCGGCCUGGGGGCUGAAGUGUCGGGAUCUCUGAUGUUCAACAGCUUGUCCGGGAGCAAUGGUGGGAUCAUGUGCAACAUUUGCCACAAAAUGUACAGCAACAAGGGGACCCUGAGGGUGCACUACAAAACGGUGCAUUUGCGGGAAAUGCACAAGUGCAAAGUCCCCGGUUGCAACAUGAUGUUUUCCUCUGUGCGAAGCCGAAACCGGCACAGUCAGAACCCUAAUCUCCACAAAAACAUUCCCUUCGUGUCAGUAGAUUAGUCUCAGAACGGACACUACCAAUGCCAGCUCUCACCAGACGGCCUACAUAUUUGAACUGCCAUAGUCAGUGUGUGCUUGUGUACUUGUGUGUGUGUGUGUGUGUACGUGUACACACGUAUGCCUCUACAUCUACAUACACACACACACACACACAUUUUCUUUUCUUUAGAUAUAAAAUGGUAAACACUAAGUGCUUUUGAAUUUUUUUUUUCCUUUAUAGUUUUGGAAAAGGGGUGGGACCUUUCAUUUGAGAGUGAAAGCUAAGUACCCUUUAAAGACACAUACACACACAUAAAGCGUGCAAGUAGCCCAAAUUUUGACAGAUUGGUAAUUCUUGGUCCUCUCCAAAGAGACAGUUUGUUGUACCCAUGACUGUUGCCUGCAAAAAAAAAGAAAGAAAGAAAGAAAAGGGAUAAAAAAAAAAGAAAAAUGAAACAAAAAAGGAACUUCUUAAUAGCUGUCUUUUGUGAACUUUAAAGUUUUGAGAGAAUCUUCAACUACAGCAUGGCAGAUUCACCUGUAAAUAUAUAGCCUUGAGAGGCUAAUGAUGUAAAACAAUUGUAUUGAUGUUGUUUAUCUCUUUUGUUUAACUUUUACAGUUACAUCCAGCUGUUAGAUAUGCAGGAAAAAAAUAGUUUGCUGGCUAGCUCUACUCAUUUAUGUUAGCAUUAAUGCACAUUUUUUUAAAAAAACAAACAAAAAACAUGGUCUUGUUUUUACUACCUGCUAGAUAUAGUGAUAAAGAGGUGCUGGCAUGCUUUACAGCACAGAUCUGAUUUUUUAAACGUCCUGUACUAGUACAUAAAUCCCGUCAUGCACUUUUUUUCAUACACUACAAGGGGAUGUGUAAUAUCCAUGCUUCUUUUUUACCCUUAAACUAUUGCCAUACUUUAAAUAAGUGUCUUUUUUUAACAACAAAAAAAUUCACUUGCAUAAAAAUGGUCUGGUCAGUAUAGGGCACAAAUGCCAAACAAAAGUAUUAAUGUUAACACAAAACUGCCAACUUUGCACAAGUUUCCAGAAAAGAAAAUACAAUUAGUCACUCAACAUAACCACAGGCCAAUUUGUCGGCCACCAGAAAACCGCUUUAAAAAAAAGAAACACUUGGUGAUUCUUUCAAGUGCCGAAUGUUAUUAGAAUCAACAUUGCAUCCUUCUUGCUUAUAUGUUAAGUAACAUAAAAGGAAAACAAAAUUAUGUGGUGUGAAACAGCCACGGCAUUUAUUCUUUAGAGGCAGGAUAAUAUUUCAGGAUACAAAAGCCCAAAUUACUCACUAUGGAACAAAGCUGCAUACAGUAAGAGAGUUGAGCACACAUUUCCAAGGACCUAACCCGUAUCCUUUAAAAAGACAGAGAAAGUCUGAGCUGGGCUGGGCUGUUGUAUGGCUGUCUGAUUUGUUGCAAGUCCUUCAGUAGUGCUGUGAUUCAGGCCCCUUUGAUACACAAAAUCAAAAGGCAUUGAACAGCAGCCGCACUUGGAAGCUUUUAAAACAUGUGCUGACCUUGAAUUGAGCAACACUCCCUUCUGAAAAGCCAGAGAACGGGGGUUUAACACAGGAUCUCUCACUGGUUAGUGUUUUGUGUUUCCCUGCGCGAUUUGUCGGAGAGAAAUGAAAACAAGCCUAAAACCAAGCAAUCGAGAGUGAGAAAGGGGGGGGGGGUGGAGGGGAGAUGAUUCUCCAAACCUGUUUUGUUUUGUUUUGUUUUGUUUCUGAUGUUUACACAUGUUGCCUGAGCUGGUUAACCACAUCGGCAGCCUCAGCUACCACAACAUACUGACUAAAUGAUGAUAUUUACUCAAGUUCAGUCUGCAGCCAAAACCAUUAGGGUGUGCAUUGCAGACUGUGUUUUGUUGUCUUUUUUUUUUCUUAAGUGAAGGGGGGAAAAAGAUAAACAAGGAAUAGUUUAUCAAACAGUACACAGUAAUUUCAAGAGAAUGUAUUUCUUUUCUGCAUUUAAUGGCCUCAAACAUUUCUCAUCAAUCUAAAUGUUAGAAAUACCGACCCCCUUUGUUUUAGCUUUUCAUUUCAUUUCCAUUUUUCAUAUGUUUUGUAAUUAUUUUUUUCUAUGUUCACAUCAGCAUUCACUUCCGUUAAAUUUGCCAAAGGAAACUAUUGAUAUGUUUCUGUUGUUGUUAUUCCUAUAGGAUUUAUUGUACCUCACAGUAUUUAUUGUUUCCAAAAAAUAAGCAUCAUUAGUUGUGGAUUCAGUAUUUUUAUUUGUGAAAAGUUCAGAAACAAUAGAUUCUUAGAGAUAAGCUAGAUGUGUCUUGGAGCUUUAUCUUUUCAUCUCCUUCAGAGGAUGCUAUGGGGUUCAUUUAAUUCUUCAUUUGUUCCACGGUGAGGAAAGACCAAAAGUACUUGCAGUACAAAAGAAACCUUACUAAACACUAUGUCUCUUAAAUGACAAAUGUUUACGGUAAAAAGCUGAGGAAUUAGUAAUAACUGUUGUUGUUUUCUUGUACCUUUGGAUUCCCCAAAGUCCUAAUGGCUUUAUUUUGAUGUUGUGUUAAAUGGAAUAGACAGAGAUGUUUCCUUUUGUUUUAUACCAUAUUAGACUCUGUACAGUAUGUUUGUGAAAGAUUGAACUAGAAUAAUGAAAGUUUGUUUGCAAACAUGUUGGUCCUCCUAGCGUUCUCUGUGUUGCGCUGUUGACCCAUUACCAAGUGGUUCCGUUCAGAAGGGUGGGGGAAAUUUUUUUAGCAUCCCAACAGGAGAUCACAGAAACACUAGCUGUUUUGGAGUAUGUGGAGACAGAAUUAUACCCAGUUUUAUUAAAAUAACACAUUUUUAUUUUUUUAAAGGUACACUCUUGGUUGAGCUGUUGGAACUCAUCCUGUACAGAAUCAAUGUUUAGCCUGUUUAAUUUAAUGUCACCUGAAAGGUCAGGUAGCCCUAGUGAAUGACUUACCUAGGUAAGUCAGCAGGUCACAUCAGCAAAUGAACCAGGCUUAGAACUAAUGUGUGUUACUUGCCACAAUCGGGCUAAGGUGGAUAGCCAGAUAGAACAAGUCUAGAUGCGGCGAGAUUCCCAAAGUAGAAAUUCCCUCGCUUGGAAACAUGGAAGUGCGUGGCGGCAUUUUGUCAGAGAAAUGGCAGUGAGUCCUAGACAGCUCACCCUACUUAAAUAUCUUCCCAAAUUGCUACUUUUGUGCCUCAAAUGCCCAGAUGGAAUGGUGGCCUUCUACAUGGGUGAAUAACAUUUUCCAACACAAAGCCGAUUUGCCUAAAAGGGACGGGGAGUGGAUCAUGAAACGUACAAUGCUUUUAGUCCCAACGCAUUGCUUGUUUAGGGUGUGUGCCUGUGUGCAAUGUUUUAACUUACCUACCACUCUAGUUAAGAGGUGAUCCCACAGCUUAUUUGCAAACAGGAAGGAUAGAGAGAUCAGCAUGUUCAUAUGGAGCCCUUCAUCUUUGCCCAUCCCUACUCAUUUGCUUUUCACAGGAGAUUCCUAUUGUGCAGUGUUUUCUCUCUAGCUGCAUCCAUUCUGUGCUGGCUGAAAAUUAAUAAUGACGCUGGUUUUCAUCCAAGCGGCUUUUUCCCAUUUGAUUGGUUUUAACCAGACUUUUGUCACAGGUACAAAAUUAGGAAGUAUUAUGAAUGUGCAUGUUCAGUAGACGAUGUUGAAAUUACUGUUCUGAUCAUUUUAAACUAUGCUUUUGUAAAUAUCAGAAAAGCUUCUGCUUUAGGGAAUAUCUGCAUGCUAUGGAGGGGGAUGACAAAGAGCAGGAAAAGGGAUAGGUAAUAAGUGAUUUGGUUUUUAAAAUGUGAUAAAAAGCUUGACACUCUUUGUUCUGCCAUUAAUUGUAUUGAAAUAAUUCAACCCAAUGUAACGCAUUUCCGGUCAUAGUCCAGCCACCCCGUUCAUCCUGUCACCUUUUAAAGGUUUACAGGUGUUAAUAUUUUCCUUCUGGAGAUGAUAAACAUCUGUUUUUGAAAACGUCUUUAACACAAGGGUGCCACUGUCUUUGUAGUAUAUGAUUCCUUUGGUUGUGAAUUUCCAGGCCCUUUCAGUAAGAGGCAAAUGGCACUUAACUGGUUAACAGCCCUGUUAGUGUAUACAUUGCUCUU